CUCCCGUCCCCUCUCCCGUUCCCCGCUCCGUCCCCGCUCCCCGUCCCGCAGGCUCAGGAGCUGAAGGAGCGGGGGAACCGGGCUCUGGCGGCGGGGGACGUGGGGGCGGCCGUGGGACACUACUCGGCCGCCAUCGCGCGGGACCCCAACAACCACGUCCUGUUCAGCAACCGCUCGGCCGCCUACGCGCGCCUGGGCGACUACGGGCGGGCCCUGGCCGAUGCCUGCCGCACGCUGGAGCUGCGGCCCGACUGGGCCAAGGGCUACUCGCGGAAGGCGGCGGCUCUGGAGUUCCUGCAGCGCCUGGAGGAGGCCAAGGCCACCUACGAGGAGGGGCUGGCCCGGGACCCGGGCAACGAGCAGCUCCUGCAGGGCCUGCGCGGCGUGGAGACCAGGCUGGCGGAGCGGAAGCUGCUGAACCCCUUCAGUGCCCCCGACCUGCUGGCGCGGCUCGAGGCCGACCCCCGGACGCGGGGGCUGCUGGGGGACCCCGAGUACCGGCGGCUGCUGGAGACGCUGCGCAGCGACCCCGGGCAGCUGGGGGCGUCAGUGAGCCAGCCCCCCCCGGCCGAGGAGCUCCCCCAGAACAAGCAGGAGGCACAGAAGGAGAAGGAGCUGGGCAACGCCGCCUACAAGCGCAAGGAGUUCCCGGCGGCGCUGGAGCACUACACCCGCGCCGAGCAGCUGGACCCCACCAACAUGACCUACGUCACCAACCAAGCAGCCGUGUACUUCGAGACGGGCGAGUACGAGCGGUGCCGGGCGCUGUGCGAGCGCGCCAUCGAGGUGGGCCGGGAGAACCGCGAGGAUUACAGGCAGAUUGCCAAGGCGUACGCACGGAUCGGGAACUCGUAUUUCCGCGAGGAGCGCUACAAGGACGCCGUGCACUUCUACAACAAAUCCCUGGCCGAGCACCGCACGCCCGACGUGCUCAAGAAGUGUCAGCAGGCUGAGAAGAUCCUGAAGGAGCAGGAGCGCUUGGCCUACAUCGACCCCGACCUGGCGCUGGAGGAGAAGAACAAAGGCAACGAGUGCUUCCAGCGAGGGGAUUACCCCCAGGCCAUGAAGCACUACAGCGAGGCCAUCCGGCGCAACCCGCACGAGGCGCGGCUCUACAGCAACCGCGCCGCCUGCUACACCAAACUGCUCGAGUUCCCCCUGGCCCUCAAGGACUGUGAGGAGUGCAUCCGCCUGGAGCCCACCUUCAGUGAGUGGGGGACAGAGGGGACAGGAGGGGACAGGCCCUGCCCUUCCUCUGCUUCAGCCUCAUCAUCCUCACUGCUCUCCUUCUCCGUGUGUGCUUUCCUUGUCCUGAUCUGCCUGGCCCCUCCUGGCCCUCUGUGUCCCCCCUGUCGCUCUGUGUCCCCUCCUGUCCCCGUGUCCCCCCCGGUGCCUGAACCUGUGUACAUCCCCCUGAACCUGUGUGUGCCUUUGUCCUUCUGUCUGUCCACACCUGUCCCCAUGUCCUCCCUGUCCUCGUGUCCCCCUGUUGUUCCUGUGUCCCCACAUCCCUCUGUGUCCCCCCCGUCCCUGUGUCCCUCCCGUUCCCUCCUGUCCCUAUGUCCCCCCC